UUCUCUGCAACGAUGUAUCUCCUAGCCAAAGGACUCAUCCGACCAUCCACUUCGCCGUACGGUGCCCAAGUACUCUUCACACCGAAACCGGACGGAAGCCUGCGCAUGUGCAUCGACUACCGAGCUCUUAACAAGCAGACCAUCAAGAAUAAAUAUCCGAUACCGCGAAUCGAUGACCUGCUUGACCAGCUUCGGGGAGCUACGGUAUUUUCCAAACUAGAUCUGCGGUCCGGAUACUGGCAGAUACGCAUGGCGGACAACUCUAUCCACAAAACUGCUUUCCGAACUCGGUAUGGAUCGUACGAGUAUUUGGUAAUACCAUUCAGACUCACCAACGCACCGGCAACGUUCCAAGCCGAAAUGAACCACAUUCUACGACCACUUUUGGAUGAGUGCGUGGUGGUGUACCUGGACGACAUACUCAUCUACUCGCGCGACAUGAAGCAGCACGUCGAACACCUGCGACGCGUCUUCGAAAUUCUUCGACGAGAACGAUUCUACGUCAAACUGUCCAAGAGCGAAUUCGCCCUUGAAAAGGUCCAGUUCUUAGGACACAUGGUGAGCGCUCAAGGAGUUCACGUCGACCCCAAGAAAAUCGAGCCGUACGCACGCUUCGCUAAUUACUACAACAGGUUCGUGCCACAGUAUGCAAAAAUCGCAGCACCACUCACGAAUCUGCUGAAGAAGAACACGCCCUACAAAUGGGAGCCGAAGCACCAGGAAGCCGUGGAGCAGCUGAAGCAAGCACUUACGUCCGCACCGGUACUCAUUUUGCCAGAUCCCGAACGCGACUACGUCAUCGAAGCUGACGCCAGUGACCAAGCAGUGGGAGCAGUCUUG